CUGUCUGUUAGAUGUCUAAUGGCUUUCAUGUACAGUCGUAUCUGUUUAUUUUAGUGCAGCUAAUGCUUGUGGCAGGUUGUUCUUUACUUAGUUACACAACGGUGGACGCGUCAGCUGUUAUUCCAGCGCCAUCACAAAGAUUUAUUCAGUCACCUCCGCGUCACAGAAGUCAUGAUUUAUGUCAGCAGCGCUUUAACAAAGGCAGUCUUUGUGCUUCGGGUCACUGGCUUGAGACGGUCCCGUCAUGCUUUUGUCCCACUCCGUCAGCAGCGCUGUUUUUCUGGCUCAGCGACUCGUCAGAGGCUUAAUUUAGGACUCCACAUGUCAAACUUGAGAUUGAUGCCAGGGGCCGUUUCCACCGCCUCCGUGCGCCUGCGUGAAUGUCGGUGCUGUGGAGCUGUCCCGCGCCGGGAAGAGCAGAUUUCUGAAGAUAGGGAGCUGAAACGGAGCUGGAAGGGCAGGGAUAGCGAGGACGGAGACGGGAGGAAAGCAGUGGGCGGAGGAGAGGACGAGGACCGGAGGACGAAAGGGGACGGGUUCAGAGACUGGGAAUAGGAUCACAAGCAUCAGGAUGCAUCUGAUGGUGAAAUCGCCUCAUAGAGGCACCUUCGCCGUGUUCCAGCACUUUGCGGCGAGCGCUGUUCUAACUCAGACGCAGAUCUGUCGCAUCCUCAGCGAGAGCUUCUUCAUGGUCAAAGGAGCGGCCCUCUUCCUACAGCAGGGCGGCAACGCACAGGAACCAAAGACCCCGACCCACCACAAGCAUGCAGGUGAUUUACCUCAACACCUGCAGGUCAUGUUUAAGAUCCUGCGCUCUGAGGAUCGCAUUAAACUGGCUGUUCGGCUGGAGAGCGGCUGGUCAGACCGGGUGCGCUACAUGGUCGUCAUCUACACCACCGGCCACCAGGACACGGAGGAAAACAUCGUCCUGGGGAUGGACUUCACAGACAAGGACAGUAAAAAUUGCUCUAUUGGGAUGGUGCUGCCACUGUGGAGCGAUACCAACAUACAUUUAGAUGGAGAUGGAGGCUUCAGCGUGAACACGUCGGGGCGGUCACAUGUCUUCAAGCCUGUGUCUGUUCAGGCCAUGUGGUCUGCCCUGCAGGUCCUGCACAAGGCAUGCGAGGUGUCCCGCCGCUUCAACUACUUCCCCGGGGGCAUCGCCCUCACCUGGAUGGCCUUCUACGAGAGCUGCAUCACCUCCGAGCAGAGCUGCAUCAACGAGUGGAACGCCAUGACUGACCUGGAGAGCACCCGGCCCGACUCGCCCACCAUGUUCGUGGACGGACCAACUGAGCGGGAGAGAACCGAGUGUCUCAUCAAGGCCAAGCUGCGCAACAUCAUGACGUUCCAAGACCUAGAAAACAUCACAUCAAAAGAGAUCCGCAAUGAGCUGGAGCAGCACAUGAGCUGUAACCUUAAGGAGUACAAGGAGUUCAUCGACAACGAGAUGCUUCUGAUCCUGGGUCAGAUGGACAAGGCCACGCUCAUCUUUGAUCACGUGUACUUGGGGUCUGAGUGGAACGCUUCCAACCUGGAGGAACUCCGUGACUGCGGAGUGGGUUACAUUCUGAACGUCACCCGAGAGAUCGACAACUUCUUCCCAGGGAUGUUCUCCUACCACAACGUGCGCGUGUACGAUGAGGAGGCCACGGACCUGCUGGCGCACUGGAACGACACGUACAACUUCAUCGUCAAAGCCAAGAAGAACAAUUCCAAGUGCCUGGUGCACUGUAAGAUGGGGGUGAGCCGCUCCGCCUCCACGGUUAUUGCCUAUGCAAUGAAGGAGUACUGCUGGUCGCUGGAGAAGGCGUACAACUUUGUGAAGCAGAAGCGGAACAUCGCGCAGCCCAACGCCGCGUUCAUGAGGCAGCUGGCCGAGUACGAGGGGAUCCUCGACGCCAGCAAACAGCGCCACAACAAGCUGUGGAGGCCCGACGCGGACGAGGAGGGGUCCGACGAGCUGCAGGCGUCUGGACACUGCACCGGCGGCGAGGGGACGCCGGUGCUGCGGGAGGACGAAGCCUGGGGCGGCUGCGGCGCGUCGCCCUGCAGGAACAUGGGUCUGGAGAUGGAGCCGCUUGACUCCCUCAACUAUAAUUACUACUUCAGGCGCUUGUCAGACUCCGCUCUGGACAGCGAGCCCUCCACCCCGGUGAGGGGUCCGCCUCUGCUCGGCAUGGAGAGAGUUUUCAUCGAGAUCGAAGACGUGGAGAGGGACGCGCUUCUGGAGGACGAGGGCUUUCCCAUGGCCCACCUGGCCCUGCCGGGAGAGGGCACGGCGGCGCAGACGUGCGGGCGCCUGGACCCCCUGGAGGACAUGAGGCUCCGGCUGGAGUUCAGCACUCUGGAGGAGGAGGACGAGGAGGAGGCCAAGAAAGAGGAGGCGGAGAUGGCGGCCUUCGCCCAGACGCCGGAUAACGGCAAACGGGGCGGGGAGGAGGCGGAGCGGAUGGAGGAAAGCCGCCUGGGCCUCGCCAACCUGAACACCAACAACAGCAACCGCCUGGCCGCCAAGCGCAGCUGCCCUGCAGCUUUCGACGACAGCGCUGGCGCAGGGAACCCGCUGAAGGUGAAGCCCUCCUAUCAGUCGUGUAAAGACUGCCUGCGUCUGCCGCAGGGCCGGCGCUGCGAGCGUCUGGCCGGCAGCCGUUCCCACCGCCUCAGCGCCGCCCGCCACUGCACCGUCCCCUCCAUUUGCAUAGACCCGCCCGGCACCACCUUCGCCUCCGCGCCCCUCCUGCAGUGUCUGCCCGCGCCGGCGGCGGUCCCGCCCACUCUGUACCGCUGCGCCACCUGUUCUCCGGGCGUGCCGCCCCUCCUAGCGGGCCGCGACCAGAAGGCGCUCUCCCCCAUGAGCUGUGAGGAGACGCUGCCUGACUUCGGCUCCGUGGAAGCGGAGGACAUGGUCGAGCCGCAGUGGGGGGAUGUGGAAGUACAAGUACCGAGGGAGGGCACAGGGCUCCAGCUACAGAUGCCAGGACUGGGGAUGGGCUUUGGUGUGGGACUGAUGCAGAGGACGGAGCCGCUGGAGAAGCUGCCAGCCCUGGCCAUGGAGAGCCAGCUCCCCGUGGGGCCCACGCCCUGAGGGGAGCGAUGGGCAGAAGGACGACGCUGUGCUGUCAUACCUGGACUGUCUCACCCUGGCUGCUGCAGCAGCUCACUGUUCACCUGCAGUGUGUGUGUUGAUCUGAAGAUUUGGACGAGACUGCUUGUUUUCAGCAUCGGCUCAAAGGCUCGAGGGUCAGGCUUUCCCUUCAGCCCAGUGGAGACGAGCACACGUGAACAGGAGGCCGUGGUGGUUUGUAAAAUCCAGUGUUCUGACUUUUGAGAGGUCAACUGUUCACACUUUGAUGUUGACAGAAACGUAACAUGCUUGUGUUUUUUUUAUUAUUAUUUAUUUAGCUCGUCAGCAGCAUCAGAAAUCGUGCGAUUAAUCUUUGCAGUUGAGCCUUUUGCUAGCGUCCAGUAUCUUCUCAUGUUACACUGAAGGGACAGAACCACCAUGAUGUUCUCAGAUGUGAGUAUGUGGAGCCCGUUUAUGCCUCUUUGUGAAGCGCCGUACCUCAAACAACAAGCAUCUCAAACUGUUGGAGCUCCGUCUCUGCUCAGUGACUGGUUUGACCCCAACCUUCUCUGUUAUAGGUAAUAUUUUUAAUCUCCACUGGAUAAAUCAUCCAUUUGUUGUAUUUAAUGCAGCUCUGGUCACUGGAGAAGUGACGCUGAGAGCUGGAGCUCUUGUGUGUGCAUCAUUCAUUUUCAGUGAACUCAUUACUGGUGUGAUGAAAGCCAUAUAUCUGUCAGGUCCAGUGAAUGGCCUUUAAGUCGCCCGACACACUUUUCCUUUGAUCGGACACGUACUGCACCUGCGGAGACGUCUAUCUAUGAGGCUUCCAUCACAAGCAUGGCUCACCUGCUUUACCAUAGACCUUCCCUGAACGUCACACUAACAUGUAUAGCUUUAGCCACACUAUCCUUACACACAGUGCACUGUAUAGAAUUAAACACUCAAGUCAAGAAAUGACAGUAAGCUUAAAGUCAGUUUUCAGUUUACAGUCUGUUGAUUCAAGCAAAAGCCUGGUUUGUUUUCUUCAUUUUCUAAUAAGACGCAUGAAGCUUGAAGCUGCUUUUCCACUGGUUGCUGUGGUUCGUACUGUGGUGCUACUGUUUCCAGCACGCUGGGUGUGCUGUGACGCUGAAGGAUGCGCUUCAGAAGCGAAAGCUGUGCUGAGGUUGACUGCAGAUGAGUGAGUUCUCUUUAACCGCUGGGUUGAUGGUGUCUUUUUGUACAUUUCUUUAAUUGCAUUAGUAGCAACAAAGAUGGAGCAACAACUGCACCCUCUGUCCCUUCGCCUUCCUCAGCUGCAGGGUUCCUCCUCUUCUUUCCCUCACGUUGCCACACAAACAUGACGUUACACUGGUCAUAGCACCCUGCUCACAUCUGAAUAAGAUCUAAAUAGAAAACGUAGAUGACCGUUUCGCAAUCGCAACCAUGUAGCGGAGCAUGAGACACAAAGACUGGACACAAUGAGAAGAAAAUCCACUGAGUGUUUAAUUUCUGAAUAAAUGAAACAUCUCACAUCUCCACAACACUUAGUCAUUUUAACACAUCUUAUUGUGAGCGAUUGUGUGAUGGGUUGAUAUUAGAUUUCCACUCUAGUUUACAGUCAACUAGCCAUUGUCUGUAGCUUCAUCCUUUUAAGUUUAAAGAAUGCGACCACAUUACAGGAUCCGAAACCGCUCCUUUUAUUAUAGACCAUCAGAUCUUAAUAUUCUUGAAAUGUGUCCUGCAUUCAUAGCAUAUGAUAUCAUUCUUUGUUUGCCUUUUUGCCCUUUUUUUGCUUCACGUUUUGGAUUUUGUGCGUAUUUUAAGUGCCUUAACCUCGGCCUUAGCUCCGCCAUGCAUCGAAGCAGCAUGAGUGCUUUUGGCUUCUCGUCCGUUACUUAUCCUCACUCUCGGUAAUACCUAUGCUCUUUGAUGAUAUAAUGUAUGCAAACACACGUCCGCUCAUGCACAGCAGCCUCUUUCCCUUGAUACACGCAUACUUGAUGGACUUCCACGUAUGAAUAGCCUAUAAUAUUGUUGUAUUUGUUUGAUAUUGUUGAACUUGUGAUACGCCGUAUUGGUUCAGUAGCUGGCUGAGGAACCGUACUUGCUGGAAGGAGACUAUGGUUUCCAUUAAACCACUCUGUAUACAUUUCCCUGCAAUUUGCUAUCAAGUAUUAGCUUGCAGAUGUGGUCGAUAUGAAGAAAAGCACUGAUAACGCUACUGUGUACUGAGAAGUAAAAUAAUUAUUUGGAUCAUUGAAACUUUAGGACUGUGUAUUUUGGGCACAAUUCGAAAAUAGCAAUGAUUGAAUAUUUGAAUCACAUGAUUCCCAGGAAGCAGGCAUCAAACUGACAAUCCUGUUUUAAGGGGCCAGACAUCGAGGACCUGUGAGGAAGGACAUUCAUGAAGGGUCUUCAUGAAGCACAAGUCUGACCUACGUCAUGUCUGCUGAUGUGGAAAAGGAAGGAACGACCUGGGAGUUCGUUACGUUGUUUUUGUUAACUUCUGUGUACUGUACAUUGACAAUGUUUCUGUGUAAUGCACUUUUUUUUACAUUUUGUUAAAAUAAUGUCCAGUCUAAUGUUUAUGAUGGGAAUAAAACCAUUCUUCUGCAUAAUA